UAAAUGGUAAUUGAUAGCUGUUGAUAGCUGUUUAAUUUACAAUCUAAUUUUCAUUCCAAAAUCCGAACGACUGGAAUUAAAAUUUCCAGUUACACUUUCUACGCUCCAGGUUUGGCUCUUGGUUCUUGUGUAGUCCUUGUGUGUGUGAUUAUGUUUCUACAAUAAAACUUAAAGAUGAACCAUUCGAUUGGACCACCAACGCCGUCGGCUAGAGUAGGUGGCUUGGGGCCGCAAUGUUACGUCGUCAACAAUACUGCCACCGUGUUACACCAACAACAAUAUCCGGCACCCAUGCCUCUUUUGUUACCACAACCCGGUGCCGCUACUACCACGCCAUCACCUUACGCACAUCAAAAUAGUCGUAAAUUAACGUCUGUCAAUACUGCUGUGAAUAAAACCAUAAACGGCUCUAUGAAUGGAUACAAUCAACCUUACAGUGUCGUACAGCAGACUCCACAAGUGGUGUCAGUCAUUACGCAACGCAACCUAAACACAUCGGUACCUCACACGAUUAACAACAAUUAUUAUCAAUCCAAAGUCAGUAACCCGAUACAAAUGCCAAGCACCGCAAACCAUUCCAACGCUCCAACCACUUUGUAUUACUUUGAUGGCGGUACGUCCACGCAGACUCAACAGAUUAAUCAUCAGCUGCACAGUACGAGUCGUGAAGGAAAUCACUUGCGCAUGAAACAAAAUACUGCCCAGGUCAUCACAACGCCGCAAUCCUAUUAUAAUGAUAGGGUACCUGUAACUAACCGUAAUAGUAUGACUGUCGAACCGUCACCAACGUCGUCUUCUUUUUUCGAUAUGCAACGUUGGCCACAAUCCCAAUCAUUAAUUCAGCCACAUCAAUACAAUACCAACACCAAUCAAGCUCAAAACAACUAUAACAUUCCAAACACGUAUUAUAAUAGUACGUCUAAUUUAUAUAACAAUAAUGUACAAGUGCAGGAUCAGCAUAGUGUUGAACAACCAUUACAACAAUCUAUUACAACGCCUACAGCCGAGCAGGAUCGUUACCCAAUAAUACGUGUAGUCGUACCCGAUAUUGAAUCGGAACUUGGUCACCUCAUGACUCCAGUCAGUUGCAAUUCGAAAAAUGCAUCGGAAAUCGCAACUGCAUCUAGUUUACCUGCAAUAGUCAAAUGCUCAAAACCGUCAUUUAUGGAUAGUUAUUUAAAAUUUAUCAAUGGAGGCGAUGCUGCUGUACGAGAAACUAACGCUCCGCCUCCGGCUAAGAAACUGCUUUUACCACCUACUCAACCCACUGUCAAAACACCUCAAGUAUGUACUCCAAAAGCUUCCGGCUCGUUAAAUACAACAAAAAGUAAUGCAACAACCAAAACUUCAACUACAUUAACGUUGGAUGACGAUCCUAGAUACUUUCCAUUGGCGAAAUCCACGUGCCGUUUUUCCUCUUCAGAUAGUGAUGAAGACCAUUACUGGAGUACAAAAUCAUCAACUUCCAUCACUACUGCCGCUACAAUGACGAUUACUAAUACCACCGCUACAACUGCAAACAGCCUUACACGAAACACAAGUAUUGCAUCGAAGGGUUCACCAAAGAAAAAACGUAAAAGUAGUAGUUCAUCGACAACAACUACUUCAGAAUCAAAACAAACAAAAUCUCAAAAUCGUAAACCAACUCAACCCAAACGAAGACAGUUGUCAAAUCGUGUGGCCAAGUCAAAAACUGUGGCCGCUGUUAAAUCAGCCGUAGCAGCUGAAGAUUCAGCCGAUUCUGAUAUCGAUCCAGCUUGGACACCUUAAAUGGUAUAUUGCUACAGAGCUACCUUUAAUUAAAAUGGUCACUAGAAUAUUAAUAACAAUAAUAAUUCAUUGUAGCAUUAGGUGCUAUAUGACUGACAUUGACAAGUUUCAACUGCUAUUGAUAAAUCCACAAAAUCUGGCUAUCUAUUCUUACAAAUGCCAGAUAUUUAAAUCAUUAACCUAUAAUCUAGAAAUACUAAAUAAAGAAUUGUGUGCUCAAAAGCAUUCAAAUAAUAAUUGUAUUUAUCUAUAUAUACAUAUAUAUAUUU